AUGGAAGUCUCACAAAUUCAAUUCAACUUCUGGAAUUUCUUUUCAAAUGCACUUUGUGCUCUUGUUCUGAAUUUCUCAAUUUUCUUAGUGAGUGGUAGAACCGCAUUAUUAUGUGGUGUUGUGAGGUAUAACUACUUUAAGAUAAAGGAUGUUCGUGAUGUUCAACUUCCUGUAGGUAGUGUUUCUGAACGAAGAGCUAAGGAACUUAAGAUGGAGAAGAAGUCAUCCGAUCUGUUUGAUGAACAGGGAUUAAUUAAGGAUGCUAGUGAUAAAGAUAAUUUUGGUGGAUAUGCUAUUUAA